AAACACAUGUGAAGCAUGGCAAAGGGCCAUGUUCUUCUUCCUCGCCGUUAUUCCUCCGCAUGCAUUUUUGUUAUUUUCUUUUUAACUCUAUACAGUAAAUGCGCAGGGUUUUUCUACUUCGUUGAUGUUGAUAAAAAUCACUCUUUAACAGUAGUUAGCUAAACAUUGUUUAUUUGUUUACUCUGAACAGGCUCGUAGUAUAUACCAAAAGGUGCUUGUGAUCACAGUAACGUGAGGGUUAUUACACAUGUAGGGUUUCGGGGGAUUGUUCUGUUUUGUUCACCUGAAAUCACUGUGACCUAAGAGGUAGUCCGUGACAGAUACUUCUCCAGAGAACCGGACUGCUGUCUUUGACAUGAGCGAUCACACUCUUGUUAUGGAUGAAGAUGGAGGGGAUGUCCGUUCUGGGUGCAUUGCGGGAUUGGCUAAAGAGUAUCAAAAUAAUGCUCAAGCAAAUCUUCAUAUGAAAAAUAAAAAAGGUGGCAAGGAAGUUGUAUGUUCCAAUUGCUUCGGUGGUGGAGUACUUUUAUGUUGCUCUGGAAAAGGAUGCCAGAAGAGGUACCACCCCUCUUGUGUGGAUCCUCCUCUGAAGUGCAUUCCUUUGAGGUUUUGGCAUUGUAUCUGGUGCACUAAGAAAAAAAUAGAGUUUGGCGUGCAUUCUGUUUCUGAAGGAGUGAAAUCCAUCUUGGAUUCUAGAGAAGUGGUUUCAAAUAAUAAAGUAAGUAGCAUGUUGCUAGUGAUGCAAAGGGAGUACUUUGUCAAAUAUCAAGGUCUUGCUCAUGCUCACAACCGCUGGAUUACAGAAUCAACAAUGCUUCUUGAGGCUCCUAAGCUCUUGGCCAAGUUUAAAAGUAAACCGCAGGUUAGCUGGUGGAAAAGAGAUUGGAGUAUACCUCACCGCUUACUCCUUAAAAGAGAAAUUGUGAAUUUUGGUGGGCAUGGUGACAAUGAUUCAAUUUGCUGUUAUGAGUGGCUUGUCAAAUGGACCGGUCUUGGUUAUGAUAAUGCCACAUGGGAGUUACAAGAUGCUUCGUUUUUGACAUCAGCGAAAGGCAGGAAACUCAUUCGUGAUUAUGAAAGUCGUCGAAAGGGAGUUGAUAAACUGUCAAAAAGGCAUUUUGAAGACAAUGAGGAGACAAAAACUUUCAUUGUCGAAUUGUCAGUGUUGCCGUUUGGAGAUUCACCAGGACUUUAUAACCAAUAUUUGAGUUAUGUGAACAAGCUUCGCAUGUGUUGGUACAAAGGCCAAAAUGCUCUUAUUGUAGAUGAUCAAAUUGACCAGGAGCGCAUUAUAAAAGUGAUUUUGUUUGUAUUAUCUUUGAAUUGCAAUAGCAAGAGGCCUUUUCUCAUCAUCUCAACUUCUACUGCCCUCUCUGUAUGGGAAGCAGAGUUCUUACAUUUGGCACCAUCUGCCAAUCUCGUAGUUUACAAGGGAAAUAGAGAUGUACGGAGUGGCAUCAGGGCAUUAGAGUUUUACAGUGAAGAAAAUGGUAUAUUAUUUCAAAUACUGUUGUCAUCUUCUGAUAUUGUUGUUGAGGACUUACAUGAACUAAGAUGCAUUCCAUGGAAAGCGAUAAUAAUUGAUGAAUGCCAGCAAUCCAGAAUUUCAGGACACUUGGACCAUAUCAAGAUUUUAAACACUGAAAUGAAGCUCCUUCUUGUUAGUGGACAAAUAAAGGAAGAUCGAUAUGAUUAUAUCAAACUGCUUUCAUUCCUCAAGUCUGCACAUCAUGGACCAAGUAUUGCUCGAAUGGAAACUUCUUUCAGUGCUAGCAUUUCCAAUUUGAAGAGCCAAUUGGAAAAAUAUGUUGUAUUUAAAUGCAAAUCUGGCUCUACUAGGUUUGUAGAGUAUUGGGUUCCUGCCUGCCUUUCUCAUUUGCAGCUUGAACAGUAUUGUUCAAUGCUGCUUUCAAACUUAAUUUUGUUAUGCUCAGGCCAGAAGUCCGACACACUUGGUGCGCUCCAUGAGCUUAUUAUCUCAACAAGGAAGUGCUGUGACCACCCUUAUCUCCUGGAGCCGGCACUGCAUAAUUCUGUUGCUAAGGGUCUACCUGUUGAAGAACAUCUAGAUAUUGGCAUAAAAGCAAGCGGAAAACUGCUACUUCUUGAAAAAAUUCUUUUGGAAGCAAAAAGUCGUGGGUUAAGGGUGUUAAUAUUGUUCCAGUCAUCUUGUGGUUCUGGAUCGAUUGGAGAUAUUUUGGAUGAUGUUCUCUGUCAGAGAUUUGGUAUAGAUUUCUAUGUGCGAUAUGAUAGAGCUUAUACCCCUAAAACAAAGGAAGCUGCUUUAGACACAUUUAAUGAUAGAGACAGUGGUAAAUUUGUCUUCUUGAUGGAAAACCGUGCUUGUCUCCCUAGUAUUAAGCUUUCUUCAGUGGACAUUGUUAUAUUGUUUGACAGUGAUUUUGACCCACAAAAUGACCUAAGAGGUUUACAAAGGAUGUCUAUCAGCACACAGUUGAAACAAUUAACCGUUUUCAGAUUGUACUCAUAUUACACUGUUGAAGAAAAGAUUUUAAUGCUUGCAAAGGAGGGUAUAUCACUUGACAGUAACGUGCGGUUGAUUAGUCAUAGUAUUUCUCACACUCUUCUAAAAUGGGGCACCUCUCAUCUGUUCAAUAAGCUGGAUGAUUUACAUGCCAGUGUAACUGCUGUUUCUACUCCAGACAUUGCAGAUCAAACUCUUCUGCAUGAUGUACUCUGUGAAUUAUCAUCCCAAUUGGUUUGUGAUGCUGAUGAUAUUGAUUGUCAUGAAUUGUCAUUCAUAUCAACAAUACAGCAGAAUGGAGGGGAAUAUUCGAGGAACAUUUUAUUGCUAGGAGAAAGAAUAAUGAAGGAACUGGGCAGUGAGCCAAGUGCUUUUUCCUGGAGUGAUCUUGAAGCAAAGUAUCCUCAAUGGAAAUUUUUGUCUGUUCCGUCUCAGAGGAUGAGGAGUAGGGUCAAACAUUCUGAUUACAUAAUAAAUGAAUCUGAAUGUGAAGGUCAUACAAUUAUGGGAAAGAGGACAGCAUCGAAUGCUUCCAAGAAGAGUAAAGUGUCCAAGGAUAAUUUUGAUCAUAAUUUGAGGAAGCUGGCCAAGGAUAAAGUUGAGCCCAAGAGGAGGAAAGUAUCCAAAGACAUUGUUGAAACAGAGGGGAUGGAACCGUCAAAUCAUGCCAUUGAUCCUAAGACUAGGAAGGUGUUCAAUGGUAUUGUUAAAUCUGGUGGCAGGAAAAUGUCCAAGAAAAUUCGUGAUUCCAAAUAUCGGAAAUCAAGAUUGAGGAACAAGAAGAAUUCAAGUGUUUCCAAUAGUACUAGUAAAUCAAAUGGUACAAAUGGUUUGUCUAGUGUACUUGAUUCCUCAGGGCAUCCUUUGGCCAAUGAAACUACGGGAGAAACUACUACAAACAUUCAACUUUCAGAGAAAAGGAAACUGCUUGAUGGACCAAAUAGUAUCAAAUUCUUGCCAAAGUCGGAUAUUUCAGGUCUUUGUGAAAUUCUACAUUUUCCGAAAAAUGUCAAGGUUGUUGCCCAGAGGAUUCUUGAGCACAUAUUCAAACAGUACAAUGUUAAUUUCCAAGAAGUUUCUACUGUACAGGCUUUUGAAAUAUCUGUGUGUUGGCUAGCAGCUUCUUUGUUGAAACAUGACAUUGAUAAGAAGGUUUCACUCACUCUAGCAAAACUGUACUUGAAUUUCAAUUGCAAUGAAGAGGAAGCCACCAAUGUCUACUCAGAACUUUGGAAACAUGCAAAGACAAUAUCUAAUUAUAUACAAAAUGGACUGUGUGUUGAGAACUAUAGUAUAAAUGACAUGCCCGAGCUGAAUGAUUUGACCAAGGUGAAGCAGAAGGGUUUUCUGGAUACUCGUGUUACAAAACUCACGAAAUCUGUCACAAAAGAACAUGAUCUUCAAAUGAAAUCUCCCACGACAGUGGUUUCAUGUGACCAGACUUCUACUUAUGAAAUUUGUUCAUUUCCAAAGACACCCGCUAGUUUUCCUGUGAAAGCAAUUGCUCUCUCCUCGGAGUCUGGCUCAGAAAACGACGUCAUGGAAUCUACACCCUUAAUAACUUCAGAAGAUUCAGCUCUGGAGCACGGGGGCAACCCUCGUACUGAUUAUUUGGAAAAACAGAGUCCUAUUAGAAGUACAGAUAUUACACAAUCUGAUGGCAAAGUUUUUGAAGAUUCUCAAAUUUUAGUGAAUGAAUUGGUUGCUAUUGAGAAUUUUAUGAAUAUGCCUAUUCAUUCUUUGCAGCUUGACAGUGAUGAUGCAAAUGCGGUAACUUCUAUUGGUUCUGCUGUUCCCGAGGCCAGACAGUGGGGCAGUAUAAUGGGUCCUGUAUGUGAUGAGUCAACUGGUCCGAAGUUUGCUGAGACAAUCUUUCCAAAUACACAACCAUCGGAUGCUAAUUUGUGGUCGUUGCCUCUGGUUAGUAGUUUUUGUAGAAGAAGCCCUUUGGUGUUAUUUUUCAAGUUUUUAUUGAUAAUCUGUGUUUUAGAAACAAAACAACAAACUGUGGUCAUUUCUUGUGUUGCUGCCUUGUGAGCAUGACAACAAACUUAAAAGUCAUUAUGUACACCACUUGGGCGGUUAAGUUUUUAAUUCGUUCUUCUAGAUGACCCUAGUUUCUAGUCAAACAUUUUUUAGAACAAUCUAGGCUUUCCUUUUUCUUCUGUUUUCAUUUACAUUUCUAUUGGAUAAUUAUGU